ACGCAACGACGCCAUUAUGACGGCGCUUCCGUUUAAACCGGAUGUGGAUGAAUUCCAGAUGCAGCGGAGCACGUUUGUGGAGUCUGAAGAAAGUUGGUGAAUGAGCCUCCUCCCUCGCUCCGCCUGCCGGGUCAGAAGCGAUGGCCGGCCCGGAGCUCCUGCUGGACUCCAGCAUCAGGAUGUGGGUCGUCCUGCCCAUCGUCUUCAUCACCUUCUUUGUCGGUGUCCUGCGGCACUACGUGAGCCAGCUGCUGAGCAGCGACAGGAAGCUGGACCUGGAGCAGGUGUCUGACAGCCAGGUGUUGCUGCGCAGCCGCGUCCUCCGGGAGAACGGGAAGUACAUCCCCCGACAGUCGUUCUUCAUGAGGAAGCAUUACUUCAACGAUGCAGAAACCGGUUUCUUCAAGAGGGUCAAGAGGAAGGUCGUUCCUAAGAACCCCAUGACAGACACCAGCAUGUUGACGGACAUGAUGAAGGGAAACCUGACCAAUGUUCUGCCCAUGAUUCUGAUCGGAGGAUGGAUCAACUGGGCCUUCUCCGGCUUCGUCAUCACCAAGGUGCCGUUCCCGCUGACGCUGCGGUUCAAACCGAUGCUGCAGAGAGGAAUCGACCUGCUGUCGCUGGACGCCUCCUGGGUGAGCUCGGCCUCCUGGUACUUCCUGAACGUGUUCGGCCUGAGGAGCAUGUACUCGCUGAUCCUGGGCCAGGACAACGCUGCUGACCAAUCACGGAUCAUGCAGGACCAGAUGACUGGCGCUGCCAUGGCGAUGCCCCCUGACCCCAACAAGGCUUUUAAGAGCGAGUGGGAGGCGCUGGAGGUGGUGAACCACCAGUGGGCGCUGGAGAGCGUGGAGGAGGAGCUCAUGGCUAGAGACUUGGACUUUGGAGGAAUCUUCAGCGCCAACAACAGGUUCUGAUCCGGACCUGAUCCGGUCCUCUGGACAGAACUGGAUGGUUCUGCUUCCAGUGACUCAUAUCCCACUGUGACCCAUUGCGGUUCUGAUAAACGGGUCUCUGGGGUUCCUGAAGGUCUGAAACAGAAUCAGAACAUCUGUCAAAAUGGGAACAAACGGACCAGCUGAUCCGGACCGGCUUCAUGGAGCCCAGAGGUUCUGGAAGAAAACCCAACAGAACCUUCAGAUGCUUCCAUGGCUGCUGCUGGUUCUGGUCCACUGGGUUUUAUGAUGGCAGUACCAGAACCUGGUCCAGUUACCAUGGUGACAAUGGUCUGGAAACGCCACCAGACAGGCCUGACCUUUAACCCCAGAGUGUGUAGGAGAGACCAGACCUUGAUCCAGUCUGACCCAGAUUUCUGGAUCAAAAUAUUUUUGGUUUCCUUUGAACAAAAAUAAAAACUUUAAAUGUCUGAA